UACUCAGAAAUGUUUUAAUCCGUGUCCACUUUCUGUGUUGUCCACUUAAACUAAGAAAUUUUAAGGCUGAGGUCACAGUUGGAAAUCUGUAAAUAACUCAUAAUAGGCCAUCAUUUUUCAAUCAAGGGUCACCAUGGAUACAGAUACGCCGCCUACUAAGCUCGGUAGUCAGAAGAUAGAAGGAAAAUCUCAUUUGCCUGUUUCUACGCCAAUUACAACAGAGAGCGUUGUUUUGACUCCCGCGACGCCAUUGAGGAAUUUGCCAAUAGAGUUGCAGAAUGACCAGAAAAGAAGAAGCUCUUCUCGUUCAAUUAAGCGGAAGCGUUUUGACGAUGAAAUUGUAGAGUACAGCAUUGGAUUUCCACAGUCUCGGGGAGAACCCAAAGCCGGACGGCAGCGUACGAUUUCUCAAACAUCCGUCCAACAAACUCAACCUUUACCAACAGCAAUAUUACAAACAAGCAUACCUGUUAGCAACGCUCUUGAAAUUUCUUCUUCAUUUGUUAGAGAAGUACCGUUGUCAGUAUCUGCUUCUACCAACAACGGAAAUUCUUCUUUUGUUGCAACAUCUGCACCAUUGCCUGCUGUUCACCCAACAAUAUUAACUCAACCAUCGCCCUCAAUGGAGCGCUCAUCUACGUCACAUGCUACAGAUAAGAGGCGACCGCCUCGAUCUAAUAAUAAAAAAUCUAAGAAAUCGGGACGUCCCCCAAGUCAAAUCACAACUAAGGAUUUGGGUCGCUGGAAACCAAUUGAUGAUUUAUCGUUAAUUAUUGGUAUACAGCAGACGAAUGACUUGCGAAUGGUACACCGAGGGGUUAAAUUCUCGUGCAAGUUUACUUUACAGGAAUUGCAAUCCCGUUGGUUCUCUUUAUUGUACGAACCGGCAAUUUCUCGAAUCGCUGUAGCUGCUAUGCGCAAUCUUCAUCCAGAGUUAGUUGAAUCAGUUCAGAGCAAAGCCCUUUUUAGUGUACCGGAAGAGGAACUUUUAGGAACCUUUAAAAGCACUGAGAACCCGAAACUUGAGCAGUUCCAAGAUUUGCUGGAUAAAAAUGCCUCUGUUUUUUAUUGUGCGCGAACAGCUAAGUCUCUACAGAAUCACUGGCAAUUGAUGAAGCAAUAUCAAUUGCUUUCAGAUCAAGUAGUGAAGCCACUACAUAUGAGUGAUCAGCCUUUAAGUUUUUCAGAUACGGAGGAUCUCAUAUUAGAUGCCGAGCUUAAUGAUCAGCGUGAUGAAACGUUAGAAAUCGAGCUGGCUUUAACUGAUCGUCAAAAUAAACGCGAAAUUCGACUAUUGGAAAACGAACUAAGUCGUUGGAAUGUGUUAGUCGACUCUGUAACGGGUGUCUCCCCACCGGAAUUUGACGGCCAAACUUUAGCUGUACUUCGAGGACGUCUUGUGCGUUAUUUAAUGCGUUCUAAAGAAAUAACUUUUGGCCGAUAUGUUGACGACUCUCAUGUCGAUGUCGAUCUAUCAUUGGAAGGGCCUGCAUGUAAAAUAUCGCGGCGACAAGGAACGAUAAAACUUCGAAGCAACGGUGACUUUUUCAUUGCAAAUGAAGGCAAAAGACCCAUCUUCAUUGAUGGCGUGCCACUGUUGACUGGAAAUAAGACUCGGCUCGCCAACAAUUGUGUCGUCGAAAUAUGCAGUCUACGCUUCGUUUUCCUGGUGAACUAUGAACUAAUUAAUGCUAUCCGGCAUGAGAGCGCAAAAACCACAGCUUCUCUUAAUUAGAUAUCGUUUCUAUAAAAAUUAU